AAAAAAACCGUGAAAUGAAAACAACUUGAUGUUUUCUGGUCUAAAACAAUGUGAAAGAUUUUACUCUAAAAAGUGAUUUUAUCACAAUAUUAUGAAACUGAAACGACUUCAAUGUGUUUUGUUUACUAGGUAUACAUUAAUAAAUUAAUAUAUCAUUGUAAUGGAGUCCAAAAUAUGUCGUUUAUGUCUCGUUCAACCAGGAAAUAUUAAUUUGUUCGAAACACACGAAGAUAAUGUGCAAUAUUGUAAGAAAAUUAUGCAUUGUGCGAACAUCCACAUCGCAGAGGACGACGGCCUGCCUGAUUUCAUGUGCGAAGAAUGCCUAGUUAAACUUUCUGUUGCCUUCGAUUUCAUCACCAAAUGCCAAGCCUCUGACAAAGCUUUACGUUCAGUAUCUUUGAAUUAUAAACCAGAAAAGAACGACGUCAAAUCCGAAUACAUUGAAAUUAAAGAGGAACCUGAAAUCAAGUCUGAAACUGAAUUCUUAGACGGUGAUGAUCAUCAGUAUGAAGAUUUACAAGGUAAACCCAGAAAAUCAUCUAGAACAAAGAGUAGGGGGCCAAGAAUCUGUGCAAUAUGCGGUUACAGGGCUGCCUGUCAGAGUGCCUACAAAGACCAUAUGAGAUCUCAUUCUAAAAUCAAAUUGUUUGAAUGUGAAAUUUGUCACAAACAUUUGUCUGGUAAAUAUACUCUCAGAAAGCACAAGGAAUCGCGCCACGGCAUGGAAGUAGUUAGAAAGUUCAAAAAAGAGGCCAGAAAUAAAACAAUUAAUGGUCCAGUACAAUGUGUUGUCUGCGGGCAGAUACUACCUUCUUCUUCAGCCUUAGAAAUUCAUAACACAAUUCAUACAGGAGAGAAACCAUAUCAAUGUGAUGUCUGCAAUAGAUCAUUCCGAUUAAAGGGUUGUUUGAAAAGGCACAUUGAAACUAACCACUUAGAGAGAGAAAAAACAUUUAUUUGUGAGACAUGCGGCAACAGUUUCUACAGGAAAGCAGAUAUCAUAAUUCACAUUCGUUCUCACACGCAAGAGAAGCCAUAUGAAUGUAAAUUAUGCCACAGCAAAUUCUCCCAACUUUCAUCUCUGAUACGCCACAAACGAACACAUUCUGGAGAGAAAACACAUUCCUGCUCAACAUGCAACAAACAAUUUUAUGACAAAUAUGCUGUGAGGAGACACAUGCUGUCACAUUCCGAUGAGAGGAAACACAAGUGUCACCUUUGUGACAAACUUUUCAAGACGAAAUCAGCAAGGAAUUUACAUCUUUCAUUACAUACCAAUGAGACUCGUUUCAUAUGCAGCUUCUGUGGAAUGAUGUUUUCACUUAAAGGUAAUCUCAAGACCCAUAUGAUUAGGAAACAUUCGGAAAAAGCCGGAGAAUGUAAAGUAUGUAUGAAAGAAUUUCCGAAUCUAGCUGAACAUUUACGCAAACAUACCGGAGAAAAACCCUAUGUUUGCAGGACCUGCAAUCAAGCAUUUGCUACACAAAGAAGUCUUUCUUUCCACACCAUGUACAAACAUGAGAGAGCUGAUAAAUAUCGUUGUACAGUUGGAGAAUGUAAUAAAGCAUUUCCCAUGAUGAAGUUGCUCGAGACUCAUUUGUAUAAAUAUCAUACAGACACCAUGCCGUUUAUGUGCAGUCACUGUCCAAGAAGGUUUUAUCGUAGGUCAGAUUUGACAAGACACCUUAAAGGUAGUCAUUUAGACAGUGACAAACUCAAAGUAAAACCAGAGCUAAUAUUAACUAUAGUGAAUAUCUAAUUUUUAAUCAUAAAUAUAUUUAUGUAUUACUAAGUACAUACCUGCUCAAACUGGCUAAUAUUCCAAAAAUUUUCACAAGAUUGUCUAAGUAAUGAUUCUCAAUACAUAGUUACUAUUUCAAUUUUUACAAUGAAAUAACAUAAUAGUCCUGUUACACAUACAUACAUAAAUACAAUAAAUUAUGUAUUCUCAUAUCAAAAACAAUAAAAAAUAAAAUUUUAUGAUACAUGUUAUAAGUUAUGUAUUGAUACUGAUAUAAGUUUCACAAAUAUAAGUAUAUGUUAAAUUGUGUGUCCUAGCUUAGUUGUUACAUGUUUGUAUAUUAGUUAAAAGUUAGACUUGCUUACACUUAUAAAACAUAUAUAACAUCUUGCGACUAUGUCUAUCAGUCUACCCUGACUGUAAGCUGUAUUAAAGAUCUUUGUCCAAAAAAAGACAUUUCUGACACUUGCAAAAUUCCAACAGUAUUUGAGCAGGGAUGUGAACCCUUGAAAGGCUGAUAUCAACAAAAACAAUCUAGUCAAAGAUGUUUCCUGCAAUAUUAUGUUAAGUACUAAAUAAGUAGAUGAAGCUUAUAAAAACUAUAUCAUUAUUUUACAUAAGUGUAACUAAACUACAUAUAUGCAUAUAUAUAUUUGUAUAUUCAAAAUAGGAUUGACAAUGAGUUGCGCCAACCCUAACGAACGUUUGUUGUUUUGGCGGCGCUGAACUUUAUUAAACAUACAUUACAAUACUUAUUAAUGA